AUGUGUGUGUGUCUCCAUCAGCACUUCCAGGUGAUGGUGGAGUCCCUGGAGGAGGAGGCGGCCAGUGAGAAGCAGCAGCUGGUGGAGACCCACCUGGCCCGGGUGGAGGCCAUGCUGAACGACCGGCGCCGUCUGGCCCUGGAGAACUACCUGGCUGUGCUGCAGGCAGACCCUCCCAGGCCUCACAGGAUCCUGCAGGCCCUGAGGCGCUACGUGCGGGCGGAGAACAAGGACCGCCAGCACACCAUCCGUCACUACCAGCACGUCCUGGCGGUGGACCCCGAGAAGGCCGGCCAGAUGAAGUCCCAGGUGAUGACCCACCUCCGUGUUAUCGAGGAGAGGAUGAACCAGAGCCUGUCUCUGCUCUACAAGGUGCCCUACGUGGCUGAGGAGAUCCAGGACGAGAUCGACGGGCUCCUGCAGGAGCAGAAGGCGGACAUGGACCAGUUCCUGUCCUCCAUCUUGGACGUGCAGCCCGACCUGACGGUGAGCUCAGAGGAGAGUGUGGAGGAGCCAGAGAUCAAGCCCUACCGCCCCUUCCAGGUCAAGUCCCUGGACUCACGGCCCCAGCCAGAGGGUUCUGGCAUGUCUGGCGUGGACGGGCUGAUUGGUGCCGAGGAGCGUAUCAUCAACAGCAACAUGGACGACAACGUGGUGAUUGAUGAGUCUCUGGAUGUUAAGGAAGUGAUUUACACUAAAGAGAGAGUCCGCGUUAUGCAUGACGAUGAGCUGGAAUCCUUCCGGCCUCUAGGAGAAGACUUCAGCUUCGGUAGCAGCGCUCUGAUUGGACUGCUUGUGAUCGCCGUAGCCAUAGCAACGGUGAUUGUGAUCAGCCUGAUGCUGCUGAGGAAGAGGCACUAUGGAACUAUCAGCCAUGGCAUCGUGGAGGUUGACCCAAUGUUGACCCCCGAAGAGCGCCACCUCAGCAAGAUGCAGAACCAUGGCUACGAGAACCCCACCUACAAAUACCUGGAGCAGAUGCAGAUCUAACUCCCACCACCGGGGGGCAAAGUGGAGGCGGAGCAUACUACUGACCAAUAACAUAACGCUAUUGUCGAAACUCAUUUGCAUACAUCCACUAUUCAUUUACAGAUUUGUUCAAAAUUAAAUCCUUGAAUAACGCUAAUACUUCUACUACUGCUACUGUUGUACAAUAGAGCUCUCUCUUAAAUCAUUUUUCCUUUUGAAAAGAAAAAAAUAAUACAGAGCACAAGUGAUGUAUCUACCUUUUUCUUUUGCAUUCUGGAAGACGUUAUUCUGCAACUCUCUGUAAUUACCAAGAUCAAGAUGUAUAACAUUUCUUCCUGUGAUUUUUGUUUGUAUUUGAAAAGUGUAAAAGAAAAUUUUAAAGUAAAAAAAAUGUGUGUUUGAGAGGCUGACCCAAUCGGCCGCCCUAGUAGCAGACAGCAGUACACUUGGCUGUCCGGUUCCUGAUGGGAAUGCUCAAAACGACUCGCUCUUUUCUCUUCUUGUUUUCGUCCUGAAUUGGAGUGCUUGUAUAUGAAGGUGCUUUGUACCAAUUCAAAUGUACAGUCAACCAACUGUUGAACAACAAUAUGAUGAACACAGAAUCAUAAAUCCAUUAUUUUCUCUUUCGUUCUUUGUUAUGAUAACAAAAUAUACAGAUAUGGAUUAAAUUCAUAUAUAUAUAUAUAUAAAUAUAUAUAUAUAUAUAUAUAAGAACACGUUUUUCAGCGAGAAAAGAGCAGAGCAGUGGUCGACUGGAAAGUGGGGAAAUGGCGGUUGGAGAUGCGUGUGCACAGAUUCUCCCCCAGCUCACAUACAUGACCUAUGACCCCUACCCCCCCACCCAGCCAUGGCCAUACUAGAUGAACAUCAGUUGUGUUGCUGUGUGACAGCAGAAUGCUUCGCCAACGGCUUUUACGAUCUUCAGUUGGCGAUACAUUCGGUAGUUGAUCCCUACGUUUUUCAGGUCUUAACAGAUCUCGCACCCCAAACAGGGCAAUUUAAACAUGGCUGUAAUGCCGAACGCCCUAUGUGUAGGCACCAGAACGUAGGCCACAAACAUCCACAAAAAAAAACCUGAUGUGCUCUUGCGCAGACAGGUAACACAGUCUGAUCCAAAAUAAUAUGAUGACAAACGGGCCGGUAUGCUUUGCUGUUCAUGAAGCACAGAGCCGUGGGGAACACAGUGCAUUGUGGGAUAUGAUGUGAGCUGGAGGACUAUGCAGACAGAUAGACAGACAUAGCUUGGACGGCUGGUUUCCCGAAUGAUAAAGUGAUUUAAAAACGGCACAAACAAACACUAGCAGAAUCCGAGAAUAAUAAGUAGGGUUGUUUGUUUCUUGAUAUUUCUCUCUUAGUAUUAUCUUUGUAUGCCUGUAUAGUUGAUGUGGCAAUCCUGACUUUUCCAGAGGAAAACCUGUGGUGUGCAUUGUUCUUAUAUGAAAUGAUAUAUGAAAUCUAUUUUUAAGUUUGUUUGUUUUCUCGUUUUCUAUUUUCUUCUCUUCCUGUGACAGUGUCUCUGUAUGUGACUGUCUCACUAUGCAGCCGACCGGUUCCAGCCAGUUCCUGCAGCUUGAUUCUGGGUAUACGAUUGGGGGGAGGGUGGCUAUUAAUAUUAUAUGCAUAUUAGUGAUGGAAAUGACACUUGUUGAAACCGAUUUAUGAUUACAGGGGAGGGAACACAUUAAUAAACUCACCACUUCCAUAUGGACGAGUCUGU